AUGGAGGGGUCAAGUAGGAUGGAGAGACAGAAGUUUCCAUUCACCAUUGACAAUAUACUGAACAGAUUUCCGAGUAACAUUGAGGAGAGCAGGCAGUAUGGUGCCACCCACAACCCUGUACCAGGUGAGGAUGGAGCAAGAUCACAGAGUAUUCCUGCUGGGAGCCACAUAGAACAUCCACAGCACACCUGCUCAUGCUGCUGCUACUGCUCACACUGUGGAGAGGUGUUCCAGGCUGACUAUCCUCCUGAAAGUAAGACCUAAACCUAUGACAAUUUUGACACUAUGAUCACGCUUCAUUUUUCUCUCUCAAUAUCUGUUUGUUUAAUUAUGAUGUCUAAAGCAGUUCAGUUGUUUUUCCCAUUAGCCAUGAAGGCCUAUAUGUUCAUGCUUUGACCUGAAAUCAAUGUGCCUAACACACUUACAUGUAAAGUUGUAAGAUGUUGUUCGUAUGUGUAUGUUUGUAUUUGUUGUGAGAAAAAAUAUGAUUCAAAAAUAAAAACACUUACAUGUAAAGUUAUUUUAAUUCAGCAUGCCAGUAUGCAUGGUCCAGAAGAAUGUUUCCGGAGCCAUGCAGGCCAGGAGGAAAUACUCCCAGAGAGGAGCAGUCCUUCAGUCAGGUCCAGAGGCGCACCAGGCGACACCGCACCAUAUUCACCGAGGAUCAGCUGGACGCUCUGGAGGAGCUGUUCCUUCAGAACCAGUAUCCAGAUGUGAAAACGCGGGAAAAACUAGCACAGAGCACUCAUUUACGCGAAGAGCGAGUAGAGGUAGGCAGCUAAAUGUUUUUUGUUUGUUGUCAGGGUUUAAAUCUGUUUUAUUACGUUUAAAACGUGUAGUCAAUGUAGCCUAAUUUUAUUUUAUUUCGAUAGGUGUGGUUUAAAAACCGAAGAGCGAAGUGGAGGCGACAAAAAAGAACAGCAUUUGGUGUGCGAAACCUGGAAAACUAG